AUGUUGCCUGAUGUUCCUAUGCCUCCAGCGCCUGUUUUGACCCGCUGGGGAACCUGGUUGGAAGCCGCAUUUUUUUAUGCCGAUAACUUUGAGGGAGUAAAAAAUGUUUUUGAAACAUUUGAUGAGAAUUCAUCCAAUUCCAUUAAAAAAAGCCCAACAGUUAUUCAAACAAAGUUCACUCAGAAAGGAUUUGCAGUAUAUAAAAGCACAUUUCAAGAUUUUGAAGGACAGCAUCACAAACUUACAGACUGUUGGGCUGCCUUUAACUGA